AUGAAACCACCGACCUUCUUGAGUGGUAUUGAACCCUUAAAGGCGGAAACAUGGUUGUUUGAGAUAGAGAAAUUGUUUAAAGUAUUGCCUUAUUUUGAGACACAAAAAGUUCUUUUGGCCAUAUACACUUUAAAAGAUGAAGCGCGAAGAUGGUGGUUGUUAAUCCAAACUAACAAUGGGAAUAUGACAUGGACUCAGUUCAACGAGAUCUUCUAUGACAAGUAUUUUCCUCAGUGUUUCAGGGACCGAAAAGUUUUUGAAUUCCAAGAACUUAAGCAAGGUAGGAUGUCUGUAGCCGAGUAUGGGGCUAAGUUCACAGAAUUAGCUCAUUUUUUCCCUCACAUGGUGGAUACGGAUUACAAGAAAGCCCGCAAAUUUGAAGGUGGAUUGGAUCUCGAUGGAUUUGAUAGAGUGGACGUCUUGAAAUUGUCUACUUAUGUGGAAGUACUAGAUAGGGCAUUGAUGGCAGAAGCCAUUCUAGCAACAAAGAAACAAGCUCCAGCCCCAACAACUGAAUGGAAGGGUAAACGGUCCAAAUUUAAUUUCAAGAAUGGCCGAUCCUUUUCAAAAAGGCAGAAUACGGGGUCCUCCAGCAGCUCUAGCCAAAGUAGUGGCUCUGUUUCGAACUGUCCUGAUUGUGGAAUAAGGCAUAAAGGCAUGUGUCAUCGUGUCUCAGGUACGUGUUUUCGGUGUGGCAAGACUGGCCACAUGAUUCGAGAUUGUCCGCUAAGAUUUGAUAAUGCUAACCGCCCUGCCACAAGUUCAGUCAAGUCCGCUCCUACAACAAGGACCAAUGCAAGAACUGAUACCAAGAGUAAUACUGGAAAUGAGACGCUGAGGCAAAUGAGAGUAUUUGCAUUAGUGCCUGGAGAUGUGCAAAACACCGAAUCUGUGGUGUCAGCAUGUGAUACUGUGAUUGGUGAUAUGGCGUUGUAUGUUGAUUUGCUGCCUUUGAGCAUUGAUUAUUUUGAUUGUAUUCUGGGUAUGUAUGGGUUAACGAAAUACUAUGCCACCAUUAAUUGUGUGAGUAAAUCUAUCGUGUUUAGACCACCUGGUAUGCCUGAGUUUGUUUUCACUAGAAAUGGGGUAGUUCAUCUGCCGUCUUUGAUUUCAUUUAUGAAAGCCAGGAAGUUGUUAAGGAAAGGGUGUCGGGGUUACUUAUGUUGCAUUUUGACGGCGACUUCUGAUAGCUCUACUGUUGAGAACAUCUCUGUAGUAAAUGAAUUUCCUGAUGCAUUUCCUAAUGACCUACCUGGGGAGUUAAUUGAUAGGGAAAUUGAAUUCACCAUUGAUGUAGUACCCGAGACACAAUCAAUUUCUAAAACCCCUUACAGAAUAUCAACCUUUGAACUGAAAGAAUUAAAAGCUUAA